CAACGGUUUAUGUGUUCUAUUUUAGCCAAACAAGAAUAUAAACUGGAGAGAAGAAGAGAGAGUUUUAGAGGGAGAAACAGCAAAAAAUGGAGAACAAAGAGGAAGUUAUGAUGGUGAAAAGUGAAGCUCAAACACAAUCUGGAGCAGCCAUGGAUGAAGUCGUUUCUGUGGAGCUUCCUGCACCAGCUACUUGGAAGAAACUGUUCAUACCCAAGAAGUCAGGUACACCAAGAAAGAGUGAGAUUGUAUUCAUUGCUCCAACUGGUGAAGAAAUUGGUAACAGAAAACUGCUGGAGCAGUACUUAAAAUUGCAUCCUGGUGGCCCUGCAAUAUCAGAAUUCGAUUGGAGCACAGGUGAGACACCUAGAAGAUCAGCAAGAAUUAGUGAGAAGGUCAAGGCAACUCCGCCUAAGGAGGAGCCUCCAAAGAAACGGAGCCGGAAAUCUUCUGGUUCUAAGAAAGACAGUAAGGAGGAAGCAAAUGCAGCUCCCACAGUUCCUGAAGAAAUUGAAAUGAAAGAUGUAGAGGGGAAUGAGAAGAACAUUCCUGUUGUUGAAGAGGAUAAAGAGGGUUCUGAUAAUUGUCAAGCUGAAAAUGGAGAUAAACCUAAAGAUGAACCCAAGGAAAUCGAAGAAGUGGAUGCUGAUCCAGACAUAAGCAGUAAAGAUAAGAUGUUUGGUAAAGAUAAGAUGUUCAGCGAUGCCGGUGAAACUGAAAAUGGUCAUACAGAAGCCCCGGUAGCCACUGUGAACACUCCCCACGUGAAGGAAGGUGAAAAGCAAGACCAUGAGGGAGGUUCAGAUGUAGUUGUUAACUCGGAAUUUGUCAGUAUGAACGAAACAAAUAAGCAUGGUAGUGAAACCAACGGUCAAGAUGCCGUUCCAGAGAAAACUGAGGGUUUGGAAGAAGCUGAAAAGCAAGGAAAUGAAGUAGCAGAAACAGUCACACCUACUGAACAUACUGUUCCUAUUGCUAGUGAGGUUAACCAAUCUGAAAAAGAAAUGGUGCAAACUGAGAUCGAGCAAGAAAACAGCUCUCCUGACAAGAAAGAAAAUGACUCUCAAGACAACCAAGAAAACAAAAAAGACCCUGGCAAUGUUGUCAUUGAACAAGCGAAUGGAGUCGUGGAGGGAGAGAAACAGAAUGAUCGGAAUGAAACUGCAGCUGCACCAGAUCAUGAGGUUAAGGGUAAUCAAGGUGUUUCAACAAAUGAUGCAAAAUGUAAUGUUCAGGCCGAGGACAGAAGCAUCGAACAUGAUAACUUGGUGAAAGAAAAUGGUAAGCUUUAACUAGGAUUGACCUGUGGAUCGAUGCAGUGCAUAUAACAACCGUCUGCUGACUGCUGUAUUAUGCCUACUUCCCAACACCUUUUGGUGGUCUCGAAAACCCGAUCUUUGUUUCUCUGCAACUGUUUACGCUCUUCCACGGUUACAGUAGCUUUAGUUUUACGAAUGUAUUUACUAAAAAGGGAACUUGUAGUAGUUAGAUUUAGAUUUUAGAAUUUGUAGCUUUUGUUGUUUUUGCUCACCAGACUUCUUUUGACUGUAGAAUGUUAUAGUUAAUCGGCCUUCUAAUUACAUUGGGUGAGAGAUGUUUUUCUGUCUCA